AUGGCAGGAUUUCUGCACUUCUCUCUGCUUUUAUUUCUGGAUCUCGGAUCUUUUAACUUAAUUUCAGCUUUUCCUGGUAAUGACACAACUACUGUGACUCUAGAUGCUGCUUUUACUACAACUGAGAGUUUUUUAUCUACAGGGAAAACAAACUCCACUCAGGGUCCCACCACAGGAUUCACAAGGAGUUUUAGUGAGUCAACAACUGAACCUCCAAAAACCACCACGACUGCUGGACAUCGGAGUGAAGAUGCAGGUAAAAGAAAGGAGGAAAAGGUUCCCACAAAGGAGGAAGAUGACGGUCCUCUGGAGUUAGGUGAGUGGAAAUGAUCAUACAUCGAAGAUUAAAUCAUCUGUGGGGAUUUACAGUGUUGCUUUCAAUAAAGAUUCCACAGUUUUACACAUGAACCUUUAAAACCUUCAGACAGUAUAUGUUAUUGCUUCUUUUAUUGAUCUUUUACUUGUGCUUUUUUGGAAAGAGCAGCCAUUCUCAUCUAUAAAAAAUGUGUUUUUGAAGCCAGACCAAUAGGUUUGUGGUUUUAUGUGUCUUAUUACUUUUCCCAUAAAGAGAAACAGGCGAGUUUAAAGUGUUAUUACCCAAACAAACACAACCACCCCUGAAAGUUAGAAAUAAAAAGGUUUAAUUUGAAAAGUCUGUUUCUGUAAAUGAAGUUAAUCUCAACAAUUCCAGCCUGUGGAGUCCUGGGAAUAAGAAAUAUUCCUGGCAUUCCUCCAACCAAACCAAAGCAUGUCAAAGGUCAGAUGUCGUUUAGUCCAUCACGCACUGAUAAAGAAGUUGCACAGAGACCCCAGGACCUAAACAGCAUAAUUCAGCAUCUCUUUAAUAGAUUUCCAGAGCGCAGCAGAGCUCUGUGGGUCUCUGCAUAUCUGCGGUCAGAGAGUCAGUGUCCGAGGGUUGGGGGAGGAUGUUCCAGUCUGCUCUGUGCAUGUGUGUGUGUUUUUUACUGAUGGAAACCAGAUGGUCUGUGUGAUUCAACAGACUAAAGGAAAAAAAAAAACAGAGGAACAAGACCCCUCACAGUCCUCUCAGUGAUCUCUUAAAGUCGCUCAUAUAGACAUACAUUCAGCGUUACAGUCAGUGAAGCUGUGGCUGCAGCCCAGCGACUCUAAUGUAAACAGAUUCAAACUCCCAAAAACCCAAAACCUCCAUCCUGGCCGCAGUUACAUAAUUCCAGUCUCCUGUAUCCUAAAGAGUUGGUUCAUGUGCUUUUAUUUACUUUUGCAUUAGUUGUUAAUUUUGCACCAGCUACUGUGAAUUUCCCGACUCAGAUGCCGUGCGCCGCUUCUUUGACACGUUCUUGCCACAAUGCAGAAAAUGGUUUGCUAUUUUCUAGAAAGGAGGACGACCAGGAGCGUUAAGGUAGCAAAGAAGGCCAAAAAGGUCCUGAAGAAACCCAAACCCACCCCCAAGAAGCCAAAGGUGAUAAAGAAAACCAAACCUCAGCUCAAAAAGAGCGUGAGCCGGUCUGCGGCCAAGAAGACAGUCCCACGUAUGUACAGGGAGUAUGCAGCAUGUCAAUCAGACGAGGGUCCGAAUGAGUGGGAAAUAGUUUUAGGUUCAUUGACUUGCUUUGAACAUGUGCGGCUCACUGUAUCGUAACAAUCCAGGUGGUCUCGGCACUGUUCUAAACAAUUAACACAGUCCAUCCAUGAGGUUUAACGGGAGAAUGGAGGAUCUGUGGGACCCCCUGAACUGUCGGCCGAUACAGACCCGCAUGAGAAAGCAUCAGACAAACCAUAAAACUAUUCAUUUAGAUCCAGAUCUGAUUCAUGUUUGCCUCCACAUGCUGCGUAUCCUAACCUUUAAACUACCAAAUAUUGAGUCGGUCUGUUGAUACAGUGAUAAACACUUUGCAAAUAUUCCUGUUUAUUCCAUACUAAUACUUUAUUAACAAACGAGUCGUAGUGGCUCCAAGUUACUAAUCCUAUGUCAUGUCAGAUGUUCUUGAAUGCAUCACAGGAAACCAAUCUAACUGACACAGUUUUCACCAGGAUAAACACAAAAACCGCCAAGGACCGCCAAGUUGUGAAAGAAGAGUUUGUUGAGUGUGUGUCCCAGAUCCCCAGGCAGGUCCUCUAAGGUUAAGACACAUUUCUGUUUCUGAUAUCAAUCUACUGAAGACACCUUGGGCUUGUUUGGUUCUCAGGUCCAAGUUUCAGGCUCCAGAGAGCUGAAAUGCUCUCCCGGUUGCCUGGCCUUGCAAAGUCUGUUAUGUUAUGUCCUGAGAGUUGUUGUAAUUGCAUUCACAUAUGCACACUGGACUGGGAAAUGAGCCAACUGUGGGAGUUUGUGUAUAUAGCUCUUGUACAAACUCUAAAAUGGAUGUGAAAGAGGUGAGGAGUCAAAACAGAGAUUAGCUUGUGGAGGAAAUAAACUCUUAGUGAGGAACGUUUCAGGUCUUCUCAUUUGUGCAGGAGUCAUUUCACUGUGAGCGAGAUUCCAGACGAGCCUCCAUGCUGAGGGGAUAAGUAAGUGUGUGAAAAUUUAGUGCCGUAUUAUAUAACCUCAACAAACUGAAAUGAUUGUGGUGUUGGUCGAAUGGUUUGGUGGACACGGUUCUUUCUUUUGUGGAGAUCCAUUAACACUCUGUAAAAGCCUCCAAAUCUGCUGAAUGACCUGUUUAAUGACGAUGUUAUGUCUGGAUUACUUCUUUCUUGUCACGAUCCUAUCUCCACAAGUGGAUUUUUCUGUGGAUUGUGUCUAGUUUUUGGUUGUUCUUCAGUUCGCCUGUGUGUUUUGUGUUUCCCCCUCCCCCGGUAACCACAGAGGCUGCACACCUGUGUUCACUGAUCAUGGAGCACCUGCUGAGUGCAGCAAUUAGGUUAUAUAGGCGGGAAAACGCCAUUGUUCAUCGUCCCCUAUUGAAAUCCUUGGCCUGAUUUGUCAAAUAGACUUCGAGAUAAUUAUUCUCUCAGCCUUUUAAUUUGUCUUUUCCUCUCAGUCAGAGUGAUUUUGGUGUUUUCAGUUUAAGUUUUGAACUUAACUUUGUUCGUUUGCAAAUCUGCUUCUGGGUCCACAACUUCCCCUCGUGUCAUUUCUGGAUUCUGGGGUGUAAACACUUUUAAGUACAAAACACUGUUUCAUACAAAGCAGACAACAAUAGAGAGAAAAAGUGUUUUAUGCAUCACAACCAUAGACUGUAUAUACUAUGGAUAAACCAGUCUUACUUUAACGACAUGUCAACAUCGCAAAUGGGGGAGAAAAAUUAUAUUCUGUGUAAUAAAUUUCUAAAGUUUGUCCACAGCUCCAUAGGGAUUGCUGGAUUGCAGGGUUUUUGACCUAUACUGCAGCCUGUCAACAGAGGGUGCUGUUCUCAGAGUGACUUCACCCAGCGAGGAGGCAGGCGGCGUCCAUUCUAUAUACAGUCUAUGAUCACAAGUCUCCACACGAUUCACGAUCACUAAGUCCUCUCAGGUUUUGCCCUCAAACAUCAAACUCUUGGAUUCCUCAUCAGGAGAAUUCAUUCACCCUGAUAAUCAGCUGAGUUUGGGGCUUCCCGUGUCCAAAACCUGAUUUUUUUUCCUCCUCCGGGCAUCCCUGUCAGUUUGCCAAACCUCUCUGGCUCGUCUUCAGUCAUUUCAGAGGUUUGUGGUUUGGCAGGAGUCCCUUCUUUGGUCACUUCUACUACAAAGACAUCACAGAGAUUAGUGUUUAGAGCCGGCUGGACUACAAGGUAAAAAAGGGGGAAGAGGUGGCAGAAUGAAAUGCCACCUACUUUCAGCGUUUAUUUUCUGCCUCUUUACUUCAGCCAGAGACUUUUUAACAGCCAGUAAAGCUUUUCUGGCAGGAGGAAGCUGUUUGAACCCAGCUGAACCCUCCAGACAAUGAGGGACUGUAUGAGGUUUUAAUAUAGCAGCAGAGGACGCUGCACAAGGUUAGAAACAUUUCAAAUUGGCUGUUUAAUUUGACUUGAUUUGAAGUCUGUGUAUCGCGUUAUUGAAAAUACUCAAGGAUUAAGAAAAACCCUUAAAAAUGAUGUUUUCUCAGAUUGUGGUGGAGAACUGCUGGUAUUACAUAACAUGAAAUAUCACAAGACUGAAGUUUCUCCCUCUUUCCUGUGCUUCAUAUUUGCUCUGAUCCCCCACUGAGUGAAGUUUGUGUGCAUAUAUAUUCUCAGUACUAUAUAUGCGCAUGCAAGUGUAUGCAUUUGCAUAAUUGCAGUGGAAACUCUGUGCAAACCUGCAAACAUAGUGCUGUUCAGCUCCACUCAGGAAGACAGAGGGGUGAUCUGAGCAGAGGUGAUGGUUCCAUGAGGUUUUUCCUGAUUUAAGCUCAAACUUGAAAUCAGAUGGAUGCUAAAUUCAGCAUAAAUCAACACAGAUACGAGUCUCUUAUUUUACAUUGCAUGCAUUAAAUUUUUACAUAUGUAUUAAUAGUUCAGAGCAAAACUUCAGCUUCCAGUCAGUGAAGGCUUUUCAGCAAAAAGACUCCCAAAGGUUCGAUCCAGAUGCACCUACUUUCAGCCUCAAGACUAGAACUUCUGUGUUUGAUUUGGUGCAUCCAUAAAGCCAAAGUCUGACCUCUGAAACUCUCACCUCUUCUUCUCUUGCCUCCCCGCCCUCUACUCUUGUUGUUAGUUAAUAUAAGAUGGUGACUAAAUCUCUGUUUUCUGUGUCAGAAUGUCCUCCGCUGGGUCUGGAGUCUCUAAAAGUCAAAGAUACCCAGCUGAGAGCGUCGUCCUAUAAGCGCAGAGGUCUGGGCCCCCACAGAGGUCGACUCAACAUCCAGGUAUUAACAUCUGCUGACAGCUAACCACAAACCUCAUUUACUCUUACUCAACAUCCGUGAGAGUGUCUGCUGUGUGUUUGUGUGUCGCAGUCUGGGAUAGAAGAUGGAGAUAUCUACGAUGGAGCCUGGUGUGCGCAGUACAGAGACACCAAACAGUGGCUGGAGGUGGACGCUCUGCGACUCACUCGCUUCACCGGGGUCAUCCUUCAGGGACGAAGCUCCAUCUGGAGGUCAGAAUUGAAGGUUCAUAACCAUCGAGUGUCAGAGGGAGCGCUUGGAAAUGUCUGAGCACAGAUAUAAAAUGUUUAAGUCACUUUUAUUAUCACAUGGUCUUGGUUUGACAACACUCUGUAUUGAGACUUUAAGCUCUGCUGCAAGAUUGUUCAGUUUGAAUAUAAACCAAAGAAGUUAAAGUGUCUCGUUCUCACACAGUUGGGAUGUGGUGCACUCCUACAAGGUGCAGUUCAGUAACGACUCACUGGCUUGGAAGCCGUGCAUGAACGGGACAGAAGAGGCUGUGAGUGAACUUCACUUUUUUGUUUUUUUUUUCCCUAUAAUUCUGUAUUAGUGUUUUUAUUUAUUUAUCCUUUAUACUGAAAUUAAAGCUCCUGUGCCUCUUCUGUAACUUAGAUGUGACAUGGAUGUAGAUGACAGUAUCAUCCGCAUAGAAUUAUAUUUCAUUUACAAAGAGAGAGAACAGAAUAGGACCCAAACUAGAGCCCUGGGGGACACCUUUUUGUAUAUUUUCUAAACUUUCACAUUUCUCUGUGGUCCAUAUUGGUCUGAUAUUCAAGCUACUGGCAUCCCACAUCCUUUUUCUAUUUCUCAAGGCUUUUAAAAGUUCUAACAGCUUGUGGUUAAACUUUCUCUUUCUUUAAAAAUCUUCUGUAGCAAGUACGUUUUUUUUUAAAGGAAACAGAGAUAGACAGACUAUUUUUCAAAUCACUUAACAAUCCUUUCCACAUGAAAUACAUAUAUAAAUGUAUUUAAAUGCCACAUGUUGAUUUCAAAGUCAGUUUAUGAUAAAAAAUAUUUAUAAACCACUCCAACAAGGGAAAGUUUGAUUGCUCGGGUUGUUGAAAGAAAUUAUACAAACUAUUAGCUUUUUAAAAAAUCUGACAAAUAUAAAAACAAAGAAAUAGAUGGGGUUAAUUCAUCAUAACACCACAGUACUGACAUCAGUACAGCACGAUUUGGUAAAAAGUUUGAAACUCCUCAGAAGUUUGGUUACUCUGUUUGCCUAUAACUGGUUUGGAUGUUUGGCAGUCUCGGUUUGGUUUGUGUAUUUGGGUGGUUAUGAGGCAUGUGCUCCACAGCCACAAAUGGCCAAGAGGUGUCAGUCAUGCAGAGAUUUCUUUUUGCACAUGGAUAAUCAGACUUUGACUGGAUUUCAUCACGUUUUUGUCUUGAUAUGUAAGAAUUGGCGAGAUAUCUUAUAUUUUACAACAUCAUGUCAUGCUGCAGAUAUUUGAAGGAAACCAGGAUUCAGAGACGCCCGUCCUCGCCCUUUUCAACACUUCCACUGUGGCCCGUUACAUCAGGAUUAACCCGCAGACCUGGUACGAGAACGGCACUCAGGGUGCCAUCUGCCUGAGAGCCGAGGUGUUGGGCUGCACCGUUCCAGGUAAGACGAGCCGACAACUAAACACAAAUAUUCUGUGUUGAUUUAAAUCUGUUCCCUUUUAGUCACUUCAUCUUGCACCUCUACUGAUUUUCAGAUCCCAAUAAUAUUUACCCGUGGCAGACAGAGCCAGCAGGGUCCAAAGACAAGCUGGACUUCAGACACCACAACUACAAGGAGAUGAGAAAGGUUUGUCUCACAGUGAUGGUUUCACAGCAUAAAGAUGUCAGAUUCUCACAUUUCUGGGCUAACAGUGUUUCCCUAAUCUCUAAUUUCUAAUCCCCAUCCCUCAUUUUUAAAUUUGACAAGCCUACCUGUUAGUCCUGAGCCGAGGGAUCUCCCUCAGUGUGUGUGUGUGUGGUCUGGUUUUACUCCAACCCAAAGCUAAUAUUAUGAGAGGUUUCACUCUCAUGGCGGUAUCCUCACUGUGCUGUCACUACCUGCGGUCUGUUCGGAGACGCCACGCUGCAUCUGAAGGUCUGAAAACUGCCCACAGAAACAAACAGGGAUCCACGUUCCACAUAUGGAGACACAGUCCGCAUUAAUAUCUGCCUGCAGACUUGGGGACACAAGAUAGAUUCAUACACUACAAAUCUGUGCAGCCUCAGUUACCUUUCCUAAGUGGCACCGCAUGUCAGAUACGUGUGUACAGUAAAUAUGCAUGUUGUCUCUCUCCAGCUGUUUAAUCUAAUAAAGGCAAAAAUGCCAGAAAAAAGAACAGAAAACAACUGUAAUCCUGAGGAGACUUGAAAAAGCUUAAAGGGAUAUUCCGGCGUAAAAUUAAUUUAGGGUCAAACACACCAUAACACCGAGUUAGACACCCUGUUUCUUUAUAAUUUCCUUAAAAUAAUAAUCACCAUAUUAAUCGACCAUAAUUAAUUUGUCAACCAAGACAUGCAUCAGCCAAAAAUACCAUACCUGUGACCUCAUUGUAAUAACAUCCACUUUUCAUGAAUCGGAUCAAGGCUGUAAAACAAAAGUCCUCUGACCACCGUCACUGUAAGUAUUCCUGCUUGUUACAGUCUUUUGUUUUUGCUCACCAGCUGAUGAAGUCGGUUCACGAGGCCUGCCCGGACAUCACCCGCAUUUACAGCAUCGGGAAGAGUUACACUGGGCUGAAGCUCUACGUCAUGGAGAUCUCUGACAACCCUGGAAAACAUGAACUGGGUGAGACACACUGGAAAUAUGCGGGAGGCGAUUUCGUUACAGGAGAAGAAUGAGAGGCUAUGAAUUGAAAAAGGACUUUAAUAACGAUGAAUAAAACUUAACAUGCAUCCUUCUUUAUCUAAGAGGUUGGAGGGGGGACCUCUAAAACUACACACAGUCCUUCACUGUGUGACACAUAAACUCAUACAGACCAGAGAGCGGCUCGGUUUGCUCUGAGGUGAUGAACAAAUGUUUUCUUUGGCCUCUUUGACUCGUCUCACAUGGACAGGUUUUCCCGCCAAAACUAAUCGCAGAGAAAGCUGCAGAGAGGAGCCGAGGGAGAGAAGAGGACCAUGUCCAUGCUGCCAGACUCUUAAACUUGUAUUCAGUGACACAUUGGAUCCCAUAAAAAACACUUUAGGUUCAAAUUUAAUCCAGAUUUUAAUUUCUGAGUAACUUACAGCACACUUAUUUAGCUGCUUUGAGGUUAUUUACGUCCAAACAGAUUAAAAGAUUGUAAGGAAAUGAAACCGUCCAUUCAGACUUUGUUAGAAACAUGUUAACUAAACUAAUAAAUCAAGAAAAAAGAAGGCACGCAUAUUUGAAGUUUAAAGACCCCAACUGAGAAAAACUCAAACUUAAUUUGUGAGACAGCGUUUUGUACAGUUUAGUUUCUUAAAAUGUCAGACUUACAGAUAAUUGGUACAAUCAUCAUUUUUUCCCUCCAGUCUGUGACCUGAUUUAUUGUCCACCUCAGAGUCUUUUUUCCUAGCAGCGUUUUAAUGUCCCAUGUGUUUUCUGUAUUCAUUCGCCCUUUUGUUGGUUAGAGCUAGAACUCUUUGGUGAAGCAGUCGAAUACUUUCCUCUGUUUCAACACUUCUGUCAUUUCAUGAGCGUUCGCCGCAGUUAUGUCACCUUUAAAUAGUGCGGGGCUGAAACUCUUAAUUUAAAAUUCACUCACUGCAGAAAACGGGAGGCAGAUGAUGUGUGCAAAACAAGUCUCGACAAACCAUCCAGCGUGUGAGAAAGUCACAGAGUUGGGCUAACAGUCCUCCUCAUGAAGAGCUGUGAGGAGGAUGUGUGAGAUUUCAGAGCUGCCUGUCAGUUUAGUUUACGCAGAGCAAACAGGAAACAGAUCUGGGUCUUUCACAGGGUCGGAUUUUACAGGAGAUAUUAUGAAUGCACAGACUGUGGACAUGUGUCAAACUUUAGGAGAAGUCUGUUUUAGAUUUUCAACUGUGGUAUCUCUGAGUUUGCAAACUUUGACUUUGAAAAACGUUUUUAAAAAAUCCUUUAACAUAUAGGAUCCAAAUCAGUGCUCUUAAAGGGAUAUUCUGGCGUAAAAUUAAGUUAGGGUCAAACACACCGUAACACCGAGUUAAACACCCUGUUGAGAGACGAAUGUUGCCGACCACUUGCUUCCCUAGUUACACCAACUUUAGUGUCGACUGCAGGAUAGCAAUACACAGCAGUCUGAGGAGCCAUAAACAGACCUUAACCAAAACGCCACUCUAUAGCCACAAAUAAUGCUCAGAACAGCACCUAACUUCAUCAACAGUAUAUAUAGGGUCCCAGCCAUAGUACUAGCCACCAAACAUCUUAUUAAGUUGACUCAUUUCUUUAUCAAAGAGACUAAACACAACUCACCAACUCUCUUCCAACAGCCGCUUGUUUGUAGCGAGACCUCAGGUCAGUCCAUUACAGACUACAGCGAGGGGAUGCAACUCAAGGAAGUAUUGCUAUCCUGCGGCCGUUACUAAAGUUUAGUAGUAGUAGUCGUUUAUUCAGUCAUGAGUCUAACUUGGUGUUGUGGUGUGUUUGACCCUAACUUCAUUUUAUGCCAGAAUAUCCCUUUAACUGUCUACUUAUGUUUGUGUUUGGCGCCCCCUGCAGGAGAACCAGAGUUCCGCUAUGUUGCAGGGAUGCAUGGGAACGAAGUCCUGGGCCGAGAGCUUCUUCUAAACCUGAUGCAGUACAUGUGUGAGGAGUACAAACGUGGUGAUCAGCGAAUUGUCCGGCUCGUUCAGGACACUCGUAUCCACCUGCUGCCCUCCAUGAACCCUGACGGUUAUGAGCUGGCCUUCAAAAAGGUGCCAAGAAACAAACUCAGUCUAAGAUAGAGUCGUAGUCCUCAUGCUGGAUCCAGAUUUGAGACAAGGUCACUUUUUUUCUGUCCUCCUCAGGGUUCAGAGUUGGCAGGUUGGGCUCUGGGUCGGUACAGCUAUGAAGGUAUCGACAUGAACCAUAACUUUGCAGACCUCAACUCAGUGAUGUGGACGGCCAUCGAGUAUGAAACGGACAAGUCAAAACUCAUCAACCACUACUUCCCCAUCCCUGAGAUGUACACGUCUGAGGAAGCUUUUGUACGUCCAUGAGCAUUUUAUAUAUUUAUUAUUUUUAAUACAAGUCAAAACUAUAAUUUUCUGGUUCUUCUUCUCCUCCAGGUGGCAUCAGAGACCCGAGCCGUCAUCAGCUGGAUGCAGGACAUCCCAUUUGUCCUGGGUGCGAACCUCCACGGUGGAGAGUUGGUGGUCACGUACCCGUAUGACAUGACCCGGGACUGGGCUCCUCAAGAGCACACGCCCACCUCUGAUGAGAGCUUCUUCCGCUGGUUGGCCACAGCGUACGCCAGCACCAAUCAGGUCGACUCUCCUCCACGUGUCACAUCCUCAUGUUUAAAACAUCUUCAGGACUUGAUGAUAACAGUUCGCACUCUUGAUCCUCUUUCCUCUGAUAUAACCAGGUGAUGUCCAACCCGGACCGCCGGCCGUGCCACAACAAAGACUUCCUCAGAUACAACAACAUCAUUAAUGGAGCUGAGUGGCACAACGUCCCAGGAAGUAAGAAAAUGUGUGAUUUUCAGAGUACCUGAUCUGAGCCAGUGGGAUUUACGAGAGAAAUUCAUCAAGACUUCGGAUCAAUAGAUCAUAAUUUUAUCCUCGUUUACACAGUUUAGCAUUUUAAACCUCGUGUUCUGGCUGUCAGGCCAACUUUAAACCUCUGUAUUUUGAUCAGAAGCUCACCUAAUAGAUGCUUGAGUUAUUUAUUGAAUCUCUGUUUGACUAAGAAAUAAAUAAAAUGCUUUAUUUUAAUAUUUGACAGACUCAAUAGCUGCAAUUCUACAGAAUCCAGCUGCAGUGAAAUAAGACACUGAGACAACGGUUCAGAUUACGUGAGCAUGCAGAAAGUGACAGAUUAAAGGUACAGUGAGUGACAUUUAACAGACUUUGUAGAGAUACACUUUUAUUAAGCAUCUCAGGAGCUUCUUGUCCUCAAAGGCCACCAUCCCUUUACCAUCUGGAGGGGUGAGCAAGGAGCAAGUCGGCCUAGAAUCUGAUGUCCAGCUAACUCUUCUCAUUUUUCACUAACUCAUUAGUAACUUAAUUUAAACUUGACUGUCGUUUCUGUAUUUUCUCUUAUUUUUUUUACAGGUAUGAAUGACUUCAGCUACCUUCAUACGAACUGUUUCGAGGUGACGGUGGAGUUGUCCUGUGAUAAAUUUCCUCACGCCAGCGAGCUUCCCAUCGAGUGGGAGAACAACAGAGAGUCUCUGCUGGUUUAUAUGGAGCAGGUCUGUCUCCCUUUUGGUUCAUUUCAGCUUAAAUAUCAUGUAUCUUUUUUAAAUUUGCAUCGACAGUAAUCAUCAUUUCUGUUCCUCCUUUAAUAGUAGAACCUCAUUAAAAUAGUUUGAAGUAGAAAUAUCAAUAUUUAAGGGCAUAAGUUCAUAUCUUUUUGUUUGGUUUCUGUUUCCUAAGGUCCAUCGUGGCAUUAAGGGUGUUGUUCGUGAUAAAGACACGAAUGCUGGUAUCCCAGACGCCAUUAUCCAAGUGGACGAAAUUGAUCAUCAUAUACGAUCAGGUACUUUUUUUAGUUGGACAUCGGAAUAAAAGCUUUCUGAAAACACGAACUUUGUCAACAAAAAUAAACUCAACUCAAUUUUGCAGAUUUGCUCCACAAACGUUUCUUUUUCCCCCCUGUUUUUUCUCCUAUUUCUUUUUGAGAAAUAAUCUAGUAUAUCUCAUGGAGUUAAAGAUGUUUCCCACCCCUGUAUCCUGAUUUCAGUUGCUGACGGUGAUUACUGGCGUUUGCUGAAUCCGGGUGAGUACCGUGUCACAGUCAGCGCGGAGGGCUACCUCCCCUCCUCCCGCACCUGUCAGGUCAUGUACGACUUCUACCCCACCAUCUGCGACUUCCGCCUCACUAAGAUGCCCAAACAGAGGCUGAAGGAGAUUCUGGCGAAGGGGGGGAAGCUGCCCAAAGACCUGCAGCUCCGGCUACGACAGCUACGCUUGCGUAAACUCCGGGUCACCACCAAAGCCAUGAACCAGCGACGAGCUGCUGCUGCCAAACGGGCGAAGAGGGUGUGA